GGGGUUCCUGGCACCUGCCCCCUGCCACCCCCCCGGGGGGUCCCCGGGACCCUGCCCACGGAGCGGGGGCUGCAGGGGGUGAUGGCAAAUGGGGACACGGCAGGGACAGCAACGCUGGGGGGCUGGAGCCACUGCUGGGGGGAAGAGUGCUGGGACAGCUGUGAGCUGCUGCUGCCCAGGCCGGGCUCACAGCGCCCAGGCCAGGCUUAAAGCACCCAGGCCGGGCUUACAGCACCCAGGCCGGGCUUACAGCACACAGGCCAGGCUUACAGCACCCAGGCCGGGCUUACAGCACCCAGGCCGGGCUUACAGCACCCAGGCCGGGCUUACAGCACCCAGGCCGGGCUUACAGCACCCAGGCCGGGCUUACAGCACCCAGGCCGGGCUUACAGCACCCAGGCCGGGCUUACAGCACCCAGGCCGGGCUUACAGCACCCAGGCCGGGCUUACAGCACCCAGGCCGGGCUUACAGCACCCAGGCCGGGCUUACAGCACCCAGGCCGGGCUUACAGCACCCAGGCCGGGCUUACAGCACCCAGGCCGGGCUUACAGCACCCAGGCCGGGCUUACAGCACCCAGGCCGGGCUUACAGCACCCAGGCCGGGCUUACAGCACCCAGGCCGGGCUUACAGCACCCAGGCCGGGCUUACAGCACCCAGGCCGGGCUUACAGCACCCAGGCCGGGCUUACAGCACCCAGGCCGGGCUUACAGCACCCAGGCCGGGCUUACAGCACCCAGGCCGGGCUUACAGCACCCAGGCCGGGCUUACAGCACCCAGGCCGGGCUUACAGCACCCAGGCCGGGCUUACAGCACCCAGGCCGGGCUUACAGCACCCAGGCCGGGCUUACAGCACCCAGGCCGGGCUUACAGCACCCAGGCCGGGCUUACAGCACCCAGGCCGGGCUUACAGCACCCAGGCCGGGCUUACAGCACCCAGGCCGGGCUUACAGCACCCAGGCCGGGCUCACAGCGCCCAGGCCAGGCUUAAAGCACCCAGGCCGGGCUUACAGCACCCAGGCUGGGCUUACAGCACCCAGGACAGGCUCACAGCACCCAGGCCGGGCUUACAGGAGGGGGAGGAAAUGCCAGCACCCCCUGCUGUCACCACCCGGACAAAGGUCCCUGAGAGCCGGGGGACAGCCACCAGCCCAGGCCAGUGGCAAGUGCUGGCCAUGGGGCCGGCCCAGGGGGCCCCCAGCAAGUCCUUGGGGUUCUGUGUCCCACCGAGCACGGGGACAAAGGCAGACCCAGCGGAAGUGACAGCAGCAAUUCCAGACAAAGAGCAGGAGGUGGGACACAGGUGGUGA